AUGACCUCACAGGGAUUGCUAGAGAAUCUCUCUCUCUCUCUCUCUCUCUCUGUGUGUGUGUGUGUGUGUGUGUAUGGAGGAGGUGAGGCUUUGUCCAAUCACCACACGGUGGAGCAGAGCCACUCCAAACUUCUCACCUUCUCACCGCAUGAAACACUAAAACAAAAUCUUAUGGCAGUUGUUCCGCCUUUCCUACAAUCACUGUCUUUCUUUCAAACCCUGAACACAAAUAAAACCGCUUCAUCCCCGCGUGUGAACUCUGGGAAGUGUGUGUGUGUGUGUGUGUGUAUCUGUGUGUCGAUGGUUUGGUCAUCCAACGGCUGCUGCGGAUCUCCGGGGUAUCUCUCGGACAGCGGAGCGGCUCGCGACUCCGAGCUCAACCUGAGCCCGACCGGACACUCAGUGGUGGCUGCGUGUCUCGGGCUCAUCGCCACCUUCGGCUUUGUGAGCAAUCUGCUGGCGCUCGUGCUGUUCGGCCGCCACAAGGCGCUGCGCUCUCCCAUCAACCUGCUGCUCAUAAACAUCUCAGUGAGCGACAUGCUCGUGUGCGCGCUGGCCACACCGUUCAGCCUCGCCGCCAGCACGCGCGGACGCUGGCUGGCGGGACGCACCGCGUGCGUGUGGUACGGGUUCGCCAAUUCGCUCUUCGGUGAGUAUGCGCUUGUGCAUCGUAUCUCCCUGGCCGUGCUUUCCUAUGAGCGCUACUGUACCAUGAUGUGUCCUUCCGAGCCCGACGUCACCGACUACAGGAAGGUUGCAGUAGGAGUCAUGCUGUCCUGGGUCUACUCCCUCAUCUGGACUCUCCCACCCUUCUUCGGUUGGAGUCGCUACGGACCCGAGGGCCCCGGAACCACCUGCUCGGUGGACUAGAUGGCCAAGACAACCAACAACAUCUCCUACAUCAUCUGCCUCUUUAUCUUCUGCCUCAUCCUCCCCUUCCUCGUCAUUGUUUACUCUUACGGGAAGCUGCUGCAUGCUAUCAAACAGGUGAGCAGCUUGAAGACGUCCACCGGCCGAAAGAGGGAGCAUCGGGUCCUCAUCAUGGUCAUCACGAUGGUGGUGUGCUACCUGCUCUGCUGGCUCCCAUACGGUAUCAUGGCCCUGGUGGCUACGUUCGGAGCUCCGGGUCUGGUGACAGCCGAGGCUAGCAUCGUGCCCUCCAUCCUGGCCAAGACCAGCACCGUCAUCAACCCCAUCAUCUACAUCUUCAUGAAUAAGCAGUUCAACAGAUGCUUCAGAUCUUUACUCAAAUGUGAAACACCCCGACAAGCCUCUGUUCUGAAGAGCUGGUCCAAAGCAAACAAACCCACGAGACGCACCGACAACAACCUGACCUUCAUGGCUGGAUCAGGCGAUCACAGAUCAGCAGCACCCAGUUCCUCCAAGAGCAACAAGCAGCCUCUGUCCACAGACUCGGCCAGACCUCCGGCGCUGUCCCUCGUGGCUCAUUACAACGGCUAGUUCUGAGAGUAAGACUCUGCAAUGCGACAUACAAACCUCCUGUUUUGUACUCUGGAAAAAAAAAUGAACUGCUGGCUUGAGAUCCAGAACCUCAUCGGAUUUUUGAAAAGCUCACAACUGAUCACCUCAAUUUCUUUAUCUGAUCUUUGUAGCUAAAAAAUAUCACCUUCCUCAAAAGACCUCCAGUGUGUGCAAAAAUUAAUGUGUGCUCUUCAAAUUCCUACAAGCCUACAGCUUGGGUCUUUUUUUUCCUCCCAAGAAACUUUGUUAAUUAUAUUUGUCCUAUCUACUUCUCUACUUCUUUGACAGAACAUGGAAGCAAGGUUUUUCUGUUAUCACAGACUACAAGCAUUUUUACAGUCGAAGAAAGACUUUGUAUUGAAAUUAUGGAUACAUAUACACUAUAUUGCCAAAAGUUUUGGGACGUCUGCCUUUACAUGCACAUGAAUGUAAUAUGGAGUUGUCCCGCCCUUUGCAGCUAUAACAACUUCAACUCUUCUGGGAAGGCUUUCCACAAGGUUUAGGAGUGUGUUUAUGGGAAUUUUUGACCGUUCAUCUAGAAGCGCAUUUGUGAGGUCAGGCACUGAUGUUGGACGAGAAGGUCUGGCUCACAGUCUCCGCUCUAAUUCAUCCCAAAGGUGUUCUAUGGGGUUGAGGUCAGGACUCAGUCAAGUUCCUCCACACCAAACUCACUCAUCCAUGUCUUUUUGGACCUUGCUUUGGUCACUGGUGUGCAGUCAUGUUGGAACAGGAAGGGGUCAUCCCCAAACUGUUCCCACAAAGAGCAUGAAAUUGUCCAAAAUGUCUUGGUAUGAAGCUGAAGCAUUAAGAGUUCCUUUCAUUGGAACUAAGGGGCCGAGCCCAAACCCUGAAAAACAACACGUGGAUUCAGUGAUUUGGAGGGGUGUCCCAAACCUUUUGGCAAUAUAGUGUAUAUACAUACAUAUAUUUAUUACAUCAUCAGUCACGAGCGCAUUCACGUCAGCUCUCUAAUUCAUAUACAGGAGAAGUUCUUAUUCAGCGCUAGUUAAAUGGGUCAGAGAUUGAGGCUAAUGCUGUCUGCUAUCACACUUAAUAACUGUAAUUCAAGCAGCCUGGUCUUUUACUGCUGCAAGAAUUAAAGAGAAGUAUAUACAUCAAUCAGCCUUAAGAUUGAACCCACCGAGAGGUGACGUAAAUAACAUCUGAUUAUAUAUAAAUCGUUACAGUGGAACCUGUCAAUCAAAGUGUUUCCAUUUACAUUUGUCAUUCUGCAUUGGUUUAUUUUUAGACACUGUUAUACUGCACUAUUACUAAACAGUUAAUGUUUCCUUUUGCUUGAAAUUCUUAUAUUUUUAUGUGUAUUCUUAUAGGUUUUCACGAUUGCUUUAUGCUACUAUGCACCAAUAUGCAAAGGCAAACUCUUUGUACAGGUAAAACCCACAGUACUUCGCAAUAAAGCUGAUCCUGUUCUGAUUCUGAAGAAGUAGGAUAUAUUAGGCAGUAGUUACUUCUGGAAGUUCAGGAAAACAUGGGAAAUCAGAAAGAUCUGAGCGAUUUUGACCACUAGUGAUGGACGGAUAGAUAACUGGGAGAAUCAGAGCAGAUGAUUCAUGAUGCAUCUUCAAUCUGUCUAUGAUGAUCGUCUAUCUAUCUAUCUAUCUAUCUAUCUAUCUAUCUAUCUAUCUAUCUAUCUAUCUAUCUAUCUAUCUAUCUAUCUAUCUAUCUAUCUAUCUGUCUGUCUGUCUGUCCAUAUGUCUUUCUGUCUGUCUAUCUAUCUGUCUGUCUGUCUGUCUGUCUAUCUAUUUAUUGUGAGAUAAUUUUUUAGGCCUAUAUGAAUUUGUGUGAUUGUAAAAGGAUGAGGCGACAUCAUGAGUAGUUUUGAACACCAUUUCUGUUAUUGUUUUAAUGAAGUAAGGUCCACAAGAAGGACACAUUGUCUGUUAAAUAUGAAUAGUCUUUGCGAGUCUUAUCAAAAACAAAUCCAUUCUUAACGCCUCUAAAGUUGAAAUUAAAGUCAAGGUCAGGUAGUCCGCUCAGAGCAGUGUGAGAUCUGUGGAACUCCUACAGCUGAAGUCUGGGAGAAUCGGGGCUUUGUUGAAGCACACUGAUAAAGGUUUGGGGAAAAUCCAGUUCACCCCAGGUCAAAGCUAAAACAUAUCAUUCAAAAUACAUAAAUUAGUUAUAAGCUUAGAAUAAUUAACGUGGAAAAGGGAGGGUGACUCUGACAUACACAUGAUGUCUUCUCAACACGAAAAUGUUUCACAUGAAUAAAACCCAAAAACAUAAUGAUAGGGAUAAGACACCCAUUACAC